AUGUCAGACACAGACUCCGGGUCAGAUAAGCAAAAGUUCGAGUUCUUCAAAUAUGACCCCUCCCUAGCAGCCAACGCCGUCUUCGUCGCCUUGUUCGGCAUCAUCGCCGUCGGUCACACGUUCUUGCUUGUUAGGAAUAGGACGUGGUACUUUAUCCCGUUUGUGGUGGGAUGUCUUUUCGAAGCAGUCGGUUAUAUCGGGCGUAUCAUCGCCGCCGGCGAAACACCCAACUGGACCUUGACGCCGUACAUCAUCCAGUCUCUCCUGAUCCUCUUGGGCCCCGCCCUCUACGCCGCGUCCAUCUACAUGAUUCUCGGCCGACUCAUUCGCAUGCUGGAGGCGGAGGCGUACUCGGUUGUGAGAGUGAACUGGUUGACCAAGAUUUUCGUCUUGGGUGACGUCUUGUCUUUCCUGGCGCAGGGUGCUGGCGGCGGUAUCCUCGCCAAAGCUUCCACAGUCAAAGACCAAGACCUCGGCAACAACGUCGUGCUCGCCGGCUUGGGCAUCCAGGUCGUCUUCUUCGGGCUCUUCAUCAUCACCACCAUUCUGUUCCACGUGCGCAUCGCGGCCAACCCCACGCCCAAAUCUUACUCGGUCACCGUCCCCUGGCGCCAGUUCCUCUGGGCGCUGUACGUGACUUCGUCGCUCAUCAUGAUCCGUUCACUGUUCCGCAUGGUCGAGUACGCCCUGGGCUGGGAUUCGGUGUUGUUAGAGAAAGAGGUGUAUCUGCUGGUGUUGGACGGCAUGCUCAUGGUCAUUGUCAGCGCUGCGUUUUUGUGGUAUCAUCCCAGCAAGAUUUUGGUUGGGUAUAAACAGGUUGGCAUGAGGUCGGCUGUUGAUUUGGAGGGGAGCACGGUCGAGGGAGAGUACACCAUGACUUCCUAUGGUGGCGGUGGGCAGCAAAGCCCGAUUCCCAGUCCGGUUGCUGGUGGUGCCGAUGGCCUUAAGGCGUAUGAUUCGAGUCGGUCGGAGCCGGGCAGGAGGAACAGUUUGAUGUUGGGCCAGGGUAAGCACCACCACCAGACGCCGUCGGAUGACGUGAGCUCAUAUACUCCGUUGCGCAGAUGA